AUGAGCACAAAUUCACGGUACGCUCUAGCUGCCAUCAAACGGAGCUCCGGUGGAAUUAAAAUGCGGAAAAUCUGUGCAUCUGUGCAGCAGAAGCGAGACAGAUUCAAGGAAUGCAAGAAUUUGCUUAACUUGAAGAAGAGUUUGUCUUCAGCUUUACAAUCCUCAAAUUGCCAUCUAAAUGUGCUGGACCUGAGGAACAAUGACCUGCAGGAUUCAGGAGUGAGGCUGCUUUCUAAAGGACUGAAGAGUCCAAACUCUAAGCUUGAGAUAUUGAGACUUUCCAUCUGUAAUCUCACUGCUCAAUCUUGUAAGAGUUUGUCAUCAGUUUUACAAUCAUCAAACACCUGUUUGAGAGACCUGGACCUGAGUAACAAUGACCUGCAGGAUUCAGGAGUGAGGCUGCUUUCUGAUGGACUGAAGAAUCCAAACACUAAGCUGGAGAUACUGAGAUUUUCCAUCUGUAACCUCACUGCUCAGUCUUGUGAGAAUUUGUCAUCAGUUUUACAAACAUCAAACUCUGUCCUGAGAGAGCUGGAUCUGAGUAACAAUGACCUGCAGGAUUCAGGAGUGAAGCUUCUUUCUGAUGGACUUAAGAGUCCAAACUCUAAGCUGGAGAUACUGAGGUUGUCUGGCUGUAUGGUGACAGAGGAGGGAUGUUGUUAUAUGUCUUCAGCUCUGACUUCACACCCCUCAUGCUUGAGAGAGCUGGAUCUAAGCUAUAAUCACCCUGGAGAUUCAGGAGUGAGGCUGCUCUCUGAAAAACUAGAGGAUCCAAACUGCUUACUGGACAAAUUCAAUGUGGAUAAUGGAGGAGAAUCCAGGAUUACUGCGGGACUACAGAAAUGGAUCUGUUUUCUGACACUGGAUCCAAACACAGCAAACACUGAUCUCAUUCUGUCUGAGGAGAACAGAAACGUGACAAGUGUGAGAGAGAAACAGCCAUAUCCUUAUCACUCAGACAGAUUUGAUGAGUAUCCUCAGGUGUUGUGCAGAGAGAGUUUGUGUGGACGCUGUUAUUGGGAGAUUGAGUGGAGUGGACAUGUGUUUAUAUCAGUGUCAUAUAAGAGCAUCGGCAGGAAAGGAUGGGGUGAUGAGUGUUGGUUUGGAUAUAAUGAUCAGUCCUGGAGUUUGUUCUGCUCUCCUGAUAGUUACUCAUUCAGACACAAUAACAUAGAUACUGAUCUCCCUAUGAAGUCCAUCAUCAGGAGAAUAGGAGUGUAUGAUAAUGAUUAUAUCAGUAGAAUAGGAGUGUUUCUGGAUCACAGAGCAGGAAUUCUGUCCUUCUACAGAGUCUCUAAAAACACAAUGAGCCUCAUCCACACAGUCCAGACCACAUUCACUCAGCCGCUCUAUCCUGGGUUUUAUGUUUAUUAUGGAUCAUCAGUGAAACUGUGUUGAUGAAGCAGACGAGACUGACAAGAGAUUCUACCAUAAUGUUUUGAGCUGCAUGUAAAUCAGUUACAGUGAGAUGUGAGUCUCUUCAAUACAUUAAUACUGCAGUUGAACUUCUGUCACUGAAAUAACAGUCAGAAUAAAUGUGCCACAAAUCCUCAUAUAGACGGUAAGAUCUGUCUGUGUUUUUGUGUCUGUGUUUUUGUGUGUGUGUGGGAGAGAGAGAGAGAGAGAGAGUGUGUGUGUGUGUAUGUGUGUUUAUCUACAUUUGUGUUCUUAUUGUACUGUCACAUCAAUCAUUUGUAUUAUUAAUAUCAACAUUUUCUUUCAAUUGAAAAUUUUUUCAUGAAUCAUGUUUGUGAAAAGUAUUGUCAAUCAUUUUCUCUAUUGUUUUUUAUGCAUAAAUAAUAAAACGCAACAAGAAAAUGAACUUGAGAUCAGAUCUGAAUUUAUGUUUGUAUCAUGUUUAUAAUCGAUUCCUCACAAGAUUCAAGCCCCAGUGUAGUGAUAGGGACACUCUACUGUCAACAAGCACUGUCCUUCGGAUGAGACAUUAAACCGAGGUCCUGACUCUCUGUGGUCAUUAAAAAUCCCAGGAAGUCUUUCAAAAAGAGUAGAGGUGUGACCUCGGCAUCCUGGCUCAAUUCGCCCAUUGGCCUCUGACCAUCAUGGCCUCCUAACAAUCCCCAUAUCUGCUGAUUGGCUUCGUCAAUAACUGCACCCUGGAGAGGAUUGUGAAACAAGACCCAUUCAAAAAUGUGGGGGAGAUUCACAAAGAGUGGACUGCAGCUGGAGUCAAUGCUUCAAGAACCACUACACACAGACGUAUUCAAGACAUGGGUUUCAGCUGUUGCAUUCCUUGUGUCAAGCCACUCUUGAACAAGACAGCAUCAGAAGCGUCCCGUCUGGGCUAAAGACAAAAAAGACUGGAUUUUUGCUGAGAAAGGUUUUUCUAUGAAUUAGAGAAGAGUCCCUUUUUAUGUGCAUUAUGUGUCUGUUUCUGAGAAGACUUGAGUUAAGAGUGGCUUAGCCACAUUCAUUGUUCAGUCUGGAUGAGUACAGUUCAUGAAUAGAAGGGAGGGUUGUACUGAUGAUUCACUCAGCAGUUCGGACUACCCUCUGUAGUCUUCUGAGGUCAGAUUUGGUUACCAGUUACUUAAGUGUAGAGGAUGGAUUCGAUGAUGAUGGAGUAGAACUGUAUCAGCAGCUCCUGCUGGGCAUUUGUUUUUUAAAUGGAGUCAAUGUGAUUGUCCCACUUCAGGUCCUGAGAGAUAGUGGUGCCCAGGAACUAGUGAUGUGUCAUUUUGAACGAAUCUUUAAUGUGACUCGGGAAGAACGAGUCAUCUCGGGGAGUGAUUCGUUCAGUCACGCAUGCACAUUAUUCUAUAGGUUCUGUUCUAGUAGUAGUAAUUCACCUGUCAGUCAAUACAGUCUUGAGCCGGAAAGAGAAUUGAUUAGUUCUUAGUUCGGGUCUAUCGGGUUUUUGACUCGUUCCUUAAUCACGUGACAGCCCAAUACGCUAAACCCAAUGCAGUAUGAGCCGGAAAGAGAAUUGACUAGUUCAUAGUUCGGGUCUAUCGGGUUUUUGACUCGUUCCUCAAUCACGUGACAGCUCAAUACGCCAAAUGCAAUGCAGUAUGAGCUGGGAAGAGAAUUGAUUAGUUCAUCUCAUGAGUCUUCGGGUCUAGUCAUUCCUUAAUCACGUGACAGACCCAUACGCUAAAACCAUAGACAGUAAAAGAAUGCAGUGUUGAGAAUUGAAUAGCAGAGAAUUGAAUAGUUCACCUUUCGGUUCUUCGGGUUUUUCGUUCUUUUGUCCCGUGAUGUGACAACAUUGGCUAGAGUAAUUAGUUAAUUUACAACUUUCCUUACAAAUGGGUGCGUAGUACUUAUUUAUUAUUAUUAUUAUUUACUCUUACAGUUACGUGAUGCAUUUCUGGUUUCAAAUUGUUGCUUUUAAUUUCACUCAUGAUGGUACUUUUCUGUCUGUUUGUUUGUUUUUGUUUAGUUGUGCAGUUAUUGAAUCAGAUUGUCUGUGUAAACCAUACUUUUGUAACAUAUGACACUUUCUAAACAUUAAAAAACACUGUGUAC